AUGGCCACACUCGGCUCCAAGUCCAACCUGAAAAAGAUAUCGCGUCGCGCCAUCCUCGACGUCGACCUCCAGAAGGCAUGCAAAACCAUCACGGAGCCCCAGGAGCCAUUGGCUUUGAGGUUGCAGGGCAGUCUGCUGUUUGGCGUCUCCCGCGUGUUCCAGCAGCAAUGCGGCUAUGUGUUGACGGAUGCCACAAGUCUCAGAGACAAGAUGAGAGACACGGAGCACGUCCUCAAAAAGAUGGAAUUGGAUCCCGACGUGGGAAAGACACGACCAGAACAACUGAACCUCCCAGAAGACCCGUACUUCGUUCCGGAACUUGACAUCCACUUCGACCUCUCUGUGUUUGGGCUCGGCGCAGAGGGUGGCAGCUCUUCCAGCAGUGUCUCGUCAUUUCUCACAGUCCCUUCAAGCCAGACCAGUCACGCCCCCCACGAUGAACUCGAUUUCUCAGACCUUGGGUUGUUGUCUUUCGAUUCGCCUGCCGGGGACACUGGUGGCUUCAAUGUAUCCUUGGGAGGAGAGACGAGCUCUGUCGCGCAGACUGUCAGCAGAGUCGGUCCUUACGCUGUCUCUGAAGAGGAACCCGCCAUCAUGGAAGUCCCAUUCUUUGACGUCGACGAGGACGGCUUCCUUCAGCCAGUCAACUCGGGGAGUCCUUUGGGCUUUCAGCUACCAUCCGACGCAGGGCCACCACCGCAAAGUGAGGCCAGGGCUAGCGAUUGGGGCGGCGGCGCACGUCUAUCAAGCGGAAGAGAUGAUGAACCAAUGUCGAAUUUCGACGAUAUGAUUGCCCUUGAAGAGGGAGAACCAACCCUUCUACCUGCAGCUCCUCAGAUUCCUUUGACUCCAGAGGCUGCAGAUGAAGAGGUUCAACCGGCAACACGACAGACCUCUUCUGCCCAACCAUCUGAGGAAAGCUCAGAGACGGCAGAAGCACCUGAGCGUCGCGCUCGCACGGUAAAGGUGAUUCGACCAGACCGAGAAACAGAGUUGAGUAACCGAGACCUCAACGACUGGAACCAGAACUAUCUUGCCAACAUGGCGGCUGCCUCACGCAUCAGACAAAGCCGACUAGCACGCUUAGAAGCCAAGACGAAUGCUGAAUUCUGGUUCCUGCAGCAAGGACUGGGGAACGUCGCAUCUCUCUUUGGGGAAGACAGAGUCCCACACCCAUUCACUGUCUUCAGUGGCCAGUCACUGUGGGACAUGUUGAGUGGAGGGCUCGAGUAUGGAAGGAAGAGAUCACGAAGUAGCUCCUUGGCCGAUGUCGAGCAAGACGAUGACAGACGAGUCAGAGCCAGAACAACAUCCGAAGGUGAAGUUGCUCGCGGAGUAGGAGACGAGAGACUCCCAUAUCCCGAUGACGACGGACUGUUGUUCCAAAGCGAAGACUUUGAUGUUGAAGUUGAGGUUGGCCGCCAGGGCGCCCCAUCCUUGCUCGACCAACUGUCCAACUUGCCAUGGAACCUCUCUGGAUCUCGUCAGAGCUCCGCACAGCCUCCGGGAAGCGGCCUUAUUUCGAGACUGACCUCAAGCAUUGGUGGUCCAUAUGGCGGAAUAGAGUUAGGGCCACCUUCUGUCCGUGGUAGACGUCUUACCUCUGCCAGUCCCCUUUUUGGGAGAGGACUGGCGUCACUAUCCAGACGGAACAGCCAAGGACCUUUUGACGCUUCACGAGUCACGAGCAAUGAGGACGACUUUGCAGAUCUGGACGCGCAGCUAGGGGCAGACAUCGACCCAGAAUUCGAAUUGUACGGACCUUCUGUGAAUGUGGAUACGCAAACGGCUGCACAGUCUCAGUGGGUCGCAACCACUCUGGAGAAUGAAGCGUACAAUUUCCUUUCCUUCGUCAACACCAAGAUUCAAGAGAAAGCAGAACAACAAGACGUGACUGGAGAGGAGGGCACUGCAGGACAAGCGACGACGAUCACCCUAGACGAGCUCCUCCCACCGACCCAGAACUCACAGAUUGUGGGCGCUCAAGCUCUCCUUCACGUUCUUGCCCUGGCCACGAAGGGCUUGCUCGAGGUCUACCAGGCCGAGGGCUUCACUGCUAUUGAAAUCUCGGUUGUAAGUCAUUGA